AUUCACAUGAAAACUCAACCACCACAAGCUAAUCCACGCACACUAAAAGCUGAGUUAGCUUGUGAGGGGAAGCCUUGAUUAAAGUUUACUCACACACAACUACUUGGCAGAAAUGGGGGGUAAAGAGCUCCAUGAGACCAACUUUGAAGACGGGUCUGAGAUACUUGUUUGUCAAGAAGACUUGCGAGAUGAACAACAUCCAGAUGACAACAAUGGAAUACAGCUAAAAGUGUUUACCUUCAGCAUGAGUCAGGGGAGAUGCAGGACCCUCGCUGCUGUGAGCCUGACGAUUCUGGCUGCUGUUCUGCUGAUAGUUGACAUCGCUCUGGCUCACCGCUACAACAAACUUACAGACACUCACCUCAUAACUACUGAUGUUAAUCAAAUUGGUGAAGAGUUGGACAAACUUCAGGGGGCUUACAAAACGUCUGUGGAGUCAAUGAAGGACGCCCAGAAGAAGUUCAUCAUGGAGGGGAACUCGCAGACAGAAACCAAAUGGGAGUUCGAGCACCAGACAAGAAGAAGCAAAGACUACCAAGAUCAGAUUGAUCAAUUUCAAGAAGACAUCUCAAAAUUGAGGUCCCACUUACCGAUAAUUAAUGAUGGCUGCAAAUAUUGCCCUGAAGGCUGGAUCUUCCUGAACUCAAAUUGUUACUUUUAUGACUUUUCUAAUCGUUUUGGAGUAAAAACAUGGCAAAAAGCCAGAGAGUUCUGUCAAAUGUAUGGUGGAGAUCUUCUAGUGCUGAACAGCAAAGACAAAGAGAACACAACUGUGAAGUACUUGAUGACUCAUCAAAACCCAUCAAGACCAGAAGAAGCUUUCUGGUUUGGACUGACAGACUCUCAGGUGGAGAAGACUUGGAAGUGGGUGGAUGGAACAACCCUGGUUGAAGGAUACUGGAUAGAAGGAAAACCAAAUUACUUCAGUAAUGAUGAAGACUGUGCUGCAGUAAUGGCCAAGGAAAACAUCUUCCAGGCUUGGAAGGACUCCAACUGUGGUUCACAACGUAAAUGGAUUUGUGAAAAAGUACCAUCCACCCAGACUGAUCCUCUUUAAAUGAGAGUUCUCACAAGCUUUUUUAAAAUCUGUGUUUUUAUAAUCAAAUUCAGAGAAAAUGGAUGGGAUAGACAUGAAACCUUGGAUGACUAUUACUAACUGAAUCUGAAAAGAUGAGCAAAAUAAAUAAAUAAAAGUUGUUUUAUUAUUAUUAUUAUUAUUCAAUGUUGUUUUUUUAAUGUUCUUAUUCUGAAAAGUUGAAUUAGUACAUCACACUUCCUAUAUUUUUGAGGCUGUUUUAUAACUUAUUGCUGGAAGUCUUAUUUUUAGUAUGAUUUUAGGAUACUUUGCUUUAAUCAUUUCAUUUUCAUCAUUUUUUUUAACUUUUUCUGCAAUUUAUAUACCUUGGAUUCACUUCUGCAGCUUCUUUUCAGACAUUAAAUCAAAUAUGAUGAAUUAUAAAGUUUUAUUCAUUUUCUUAGACAUUUGUAAAUAAAGAAAACAAGCUAAAGUGUUUGAAAUCAAAAUAUAGGUCUAUUCUCUUCCAAACAAAGUUUGGAAAGCUCAUUUUAAAAAUCUAUCCGCUUAACCUCCAGUACACACCAGACAUGUAUUUUUUUACAACGGUUAACAGGCGAAGAGAACUGCUGCUGCUCUGCAGGAACUAUGUCCCAGAGAACAGUUUUUUUUUUUUAAGGCUAGAAACAACAUAAUCAUAAUAAAGGAACGAUUUCACAACAGAUCAAAGAAAGAUUGGAGAGUUUUUACAAGCCCUUUUUGUCAUGCUUUAUUUAUACAGUAUGUAUAUUUAUGAUAAUUUUUAAGUAGAACACAGAAAGAAGCAAGCUUUUUCAAACUAAAUUCAAACAAUAUUCUCUAGUAGGGGCUUUUAGGUCAAGUAUUCCAACCUAAUGCCCAAACCUCCACCUUAUGUCCACAUGUGGGACUUUGUACUCGUGUUGCCUGAACCUUUUAAAAAUACAUUGUCCUUCCCUCUCUUUGUCACACUUAUUCUCUUAACCUCUCUGAUCUGUAAAAUGAA